AUGCGUUGCUCCGCCCCCGAGUGCGACGUUCUCGCACGGCUCUGUGUCGUGCGGGCGCCGCGUGGGCUCGGGCUUCUUUCCCCCGACUGCCUCUCCGCUCUGGGCGGAGGCACGUCUCUCAACCUCUGCGAGGCGAUCGAGCGCGUCGAUUUCAAAGAGAACCGCGUCGCCGGCGUCGGCACCGGCCCGCGGGCCGCCCCUUUGGACGACCGCCCGCGGCGGGUCGACCUCAGACUCGGCGGCAUCGGCUGCAGAGUGCACGCCGGAGACCGGGUGCGGCUGCAGGUGUGCUCGGCGGCUCACCCGAGGGCGAUGCGCCACCCGCUGCAGGCGCCUGGGGAGGACUGGCUGGGCGAGGGUUCGCUCGGCUCGCCCGCUACCCUCGAGCUCGUCUCCGACGCCGAGCACCCCUCGUGCGUGCAGCUGCCGGUGCUCGACGUCGAGCUAGCGCGUUGGACGUCAGUGGGCCGGCUGGGCCGAGGCGAUGUGCUCGAGACCGAGGGGGGGGGUCUUCGCACGUGGGUGCGCGACUCGAUUGACAGGCGGUCCACAGGGUACAGCGGAGCGGAGCGGGGCAGCGGCGGCUUGAGUGCUUGA